GGGGUCACACGGGCAGCUUGGUCCUCCUUACAACCCAAAAUAAUUUGUUUUACUUGCAGCAUUGUAAUUAUCUGUUACAACUAAAUGCUUUAAGAUUGCCCUUCAAAAAAUCGCAUAUAAUGUGCCACACGGGUCUGUUUGGGUGUCCUAGUUUAAUCGUUCCGGCCGAGGAAACCAGAGCACCGAGUAGCCAAACCAAUCACCAAACUGACCUUGGCCAUAGCUGUUUAUGGAGAAUUAAGGGUCAAUUACCUACCAUAAAGAUGUCAUCAGCACGUGGUCUUGGAAACUUCAGCCUGUUAACCUCGAUGUCCAAGUGAUUCUUGCAGCCAUGGGAUUACUAAGGAAUAUAUCGAAAAUGCCUUUACCACAUCUCCUGAUCAGACUCUACUCUUUGAAAUUGUGUUCAACCCCAACUGCUAGAAGGAUAUCAGACUCACUGUUUUACCAGCCAAAACUGGUUCUGAUGAACAAAAAUGCCCCUAUUAAUUUAUUGAAAAAUCUCUGCCCUCGAAAUUUAUCAUGGAACUCUGCGAGGUGUUUUGCCACAAGUCAGGGUAAUUCUAAAAGCAUAAAAGAUACUUGCAGUAGGAAAUCAAGAAGUGAAAAGCAAGGUGGUGGAGAUGACGAGGUGAUAAUGGAACAGGACUGUGAAAUAGAAGAGAGUGAAUAUGAAGAACUGCUUCAGGGACAAAUAUUUGCUCCUUCUGAAGGAGGGCAUAGAGUAUUUGUUGUUCAUCCAAAUGUUAAGUGGGGAGCAAAGAAACAACAACUCACAACAGGUGAACUUCAAAUGGCUGAAGCAGUUGCUCUUGUGAAUACUUUGCCCAACUGGCAGGUUGUUGAUAAACUCAUCCUUUCCACAAAAAGUCCAGAUAACAAACUAAUUUUUGGCAAAGGCAAUUUUGAGACUCUUACAGAAAUAAUUAAAGAGAUGCCACAAAUUACUGCAGUAUUUAUGAAUGUUGAAAGACUGUCUGCAUCAUCAGAGAAAGAGUUGGAGUCUACUUGGGGAGUUAAAGUUUUUGACCGGUAUUCCAUCGUCCUUCACAUUUUCCAUUGCAAUGCUCGUACCAAAGAAGCCAAACUGCAGAUAGCUCUCGCUGAGAUCCCUUACCUGAGGUCCCAGUUGAGAAAUGAAUUGGCCCAUUUAGACCAACAAGGUGGUGGAUCCAGGUAUAUCAUGGGGUCAGGUGAGACGUUCAUGGAGGUUCAGCAACGCCUGCUCAAGGAGAGGGAACUGAAGAUUAGAGCAGCCUUGGAGAAGCUAAGACGAAAACGGCAACUGUUGAGAGCGCAACGAAAGCGCAGAGAGUUCCCGGUUAUAUCUGUCAUGGGCUACACGAAUUGUGGCAAAACCACCCUGAUUAAAAGUCUGACUGGAGACUUACGACUUCACCCCAGAGAUCAGCUAUUUGCUACACUUGACGUUACCACUCAUGCUGGCUUGACUCCAAGUCGCAUGACAAUCCUUUAUGUUGAUACCAUUGGAUUUCUCUCUCAACUUCCCCACAACUUAAUUGGAUCCUUUUCAGCGACUCUGGAGGAUGUGGCGCAUUCAGAUGUUAUAGUUCAUGUUAGAGACAUAAGUCACCCUGAAACCACCAACCAGAAGGUGAAUGUGUUGAAUGUUCUCAAGAAUCUUCAGCUGUCAAAUCAACUUCUAAAUUCUAUUAUUGAGGUCCACAAUAAAAUUGAUUUGGUGGACAGCUAUCAACAUACAGAUCCAAACGCUGUUGCAGUUUCAGCUCUUCAUGGACUCGGUAUAGAUGAACUGAAAGGGAAAAUUGAGGAGGCAGUUUUGCAAGCAACAGGAAAGUUGAUCCUCACCAUCAAAGUAAAUUUGGCUGGACCUCAACUGAGCUGGUUGUAUAAGGAAGCCACUGUGCAAGAAGUGGAUGUUUUGCCAGAAGAUGGUUUGGCCAACGUGACUGUUAUCAUCAGUCACUCUGCGUAUGGGAAAUACAGGAAGCUGUUUCAACAUUGAAGAAAAUUUAAGUG